CCAUGAACAAGUUUUCCGUCGUAUGAAUUUAUUUUUAUGGGAGAAAGAAAACAAAACAAUGAUGCACUUAAGUCAUUAUUCUUAUUCAGUUAAUCGGGCAAUUUGGAAGAUUACUCGGAAUUUCCACAAAACAUGUCAACAUCUAAGUAAAUCAAAAGUGGUUUUAGGUAUUGAAACGAGCUGUGACGAUACAGGUGCUGCAGUUGUGAAUACAGAGGGUCAGAUUCUAGGAGAAGCUUUGAAUUCACAAACAAAAAUUCAUGUUGAACAUGGAGGAAUUAACCCCUCAACUGCCAAGUCACUGCAUAUAGAGCAGAUAAAGAAUGUGGUUACAACUGCAUUACAAAGGGCAGGGACAACACUACAGGACCUGGAUGCCAUAGCAGUGACCACCGAGCCAGGCCUGGCUCCCUGUUUAGGGAUCGGACUGGGAUAUGCCAAGGAACUGGUGACUGAGAGUGGUUUACCCAUGAUUCCGAUUCAUCAUAUGCAGGCUCAUGCUCUUACUGCUAGGCUGCUUGAACACAUUGAGUUUCCGUUCCUGGUGCUGUUGAUCAGUGGGGGACACUCCAUCCUGACGGUGGCUCAAGACGUGGACCGCUUCCUGCUGAUUGGGAAAGGUCUGGACACCUCACCCGGAGAUUGUCUGGAAAAGGUUGCUAGGUGCUUGAAUCUUAAGUCUCUCCCUGAGUGCCAAAAUCUCUCCGGAGGGGCUGCCAUUGAAAUGCUGGCAAAAGGCGGCGACCCCAAAAGGUUUGCUUUCAAUGCUGCCCAGAACAGGGUGCCCAGUUGUGAUUUCUCCUUCUCUGGUGUACGUACUCAAGCGGAAACCCACAUACAAAAGGAAAGGGAACAAGAGGGUAUCUCAGGUGAGAGCAUUAUCAGCACCGUAGGGGACUUCUGUGCCUCCCUGCAGUAUGCCAUCACCUUUCAGAUCUGUCGCCGGCUACAGAGGGCUUUCUCAUAUUGCGAGCUACAAGGCUUGUUACCUGAUAACUCCACACUGGUAGUGUCAGGGGGCGUGGCCAGUAAUCAGUACAUCAGACAGUGCCUGCAACAGGUGUGUCAGAUGAACUCGUCCAGACUCGUCUGUCCCCCGCCCAAACUCUGUACAGACAAUGGGGUCAUGAUAGCAUGGAAUGGCAUAGAAAAACUUAGAAUUGGAAGGGGGAUAUCAAGUGAUCCACAAUCUGAGAAUUACAGUCCAAGAAGUCCAAUUGGAGACGACGUAACAGAAGAACUCUUUAGGCUGGGGCUGAAAAUUCCCCGUCUAAAACUCGAGAUUCAGCCGUGAUAGACCUUAUUAAUUUCCUCAUUGACUUUUAACACUGAAUAAUGUUUAUGUGUAUUUCUCCUGAAAGAAGUAGUCAUGUACAUGCAUGCUCAUACAUUCUUGUUCCUGUGUAUUGAACAGGGUAAAUUCUGUUUAAAGGGAAAUUAUCACCAGUUUUUAUUGCCACCAGUUGCAAAUUGCAAUAAAAUGUGUUAUUGAAUAAAGUGAUCAAUUGAA